UAUAUUUUGUAUUUACAUAUAAAUACAUCCAUUAUAUUAUCUUACAAACCACAACACACAUACUAUCAUCAUCUUAUAGAGAGGAAAAACCAAAACCAAAAUCUGAAUUUUAAUUUAUAUCAUUUUCAUCAGAAGAGAAUGAGAGGCAUGGCGAAGAAGCUACUAUGUUGCGGAUCCAAGAAAUUUGCGUCCUCAAGAACAUCGGCAUUACCAGAAGAAGGAAGAGUUCGGGUUUAUGUUGGCAAGGAUAAAGAGAGUCAGUGCAAGCUCGAGGUUGAGGCUAACUUGUUAAACCAUCCAAUGUUUGAGGAUCUAUUGAGAUUGUCAGAAGAAGAAUUCGGACACUCGUACGAAGGAGCUUUGAGGAUUGCUUGUGACAUUGAUGUCUUCAUCAAUUUGAUCAAUCUACUAAAAAACCACGCAUCAUCAUAACCCAUCCCUUUGAAGUUGACAAUAAUAUUACAAAAUUAACGUAGCUUUUAUAUCAUUUUUCAUUAUUCUUUACUUCGACAAAAACAUGGACGAAGUUCAAUUCAUUUUUCUUUUGUUCUUGAGUAUUUAUUUAUGAUUGGAGUCUGAAGCCAAUGGACAUUUUUGUUGUUGGCAUCCUCUCAUUAUUCUUUUUAUAUAUUAGUAUUCUGUUGGUGACUCUGGACUUUUACUUUUUCUUGCGC